GAGGAGGGGGAGGGGACAAUGCUGCCGUGGGAGAGGGAGGAGGAGAAGGAGGUGGUGGUGGUGAGUGAUGGAGAAGAGGGUUUGAGGAGGUUGAGAAGAGAGGGGAUGCGUGUGAGGGAGAGGGUUAGUGUCCCCAAGGCUGGACUCACUCAGGAGGUCAUGGAGAAGAUUCACAAGAGGUGGAGCAAGGAGGAGCUGGUGAGGCUCAAGUUUCAUGAGGAGCUUGCAAGGGACAUGAAGAAGGCUCAUGACAUUGUUGAGCGUCGAACUGGAGGAUUAGUUACGUGGAGGUCAGGAAGUGUUAUGAUGGUGUAUCAUGGUAUUGAUUACCAAGGGCCUGACUCGCGGAAGGAAGUUGUUGAGAAGAAAGGUGAGGGCUUUUUUGUGCCAGAUGUAUCGUCGGGAAGUUUGUUAAAAAGUGGAGACAGUAAUGCAACCUCGUCUCUGGACAAGAGUGAGGUGGUUGUGAGGGAGCAAGAACAGCCUAAGAAUGUGACAGAGGCGGAAGCAGAGUACAAUGCACUGCUUGAUGAAUUAGGUCCUCGUUUUCUUGAAUGGUGGGGCACGAGGGUGGUUUAUCCUUAUAACUGA